AUGAAAAACUUGAAGAAGAAUAAUUGUCAUGUUCUUCUCGUGUCAUAUCCAAUGCUAGGUCACAUAAAUCCAUGCCUUCAAUUUGCCAAGAGAUUGGUCAAUUUAGGAGUACAAGUUACCUAUUGUACUAGCCUAUCAGGUUUCAAUCGCAUCUCUAAUCUCCCAACUGUAAAAGGACUAAGCUUUGCUCCCUUUUCUGAUGGCUACGAUGGUGGUUUUAAGGGAUCAUUCGAUGAGUACCACUUAUUUUAUAAUUCCGUGAAGACGUAUGGUUCUGAGUUUGUGAUCAACAUGGUAUCAGAGCAUACAACAAAAAAGAAUCUUGCUUUCACACGUAUUAUCUACACUACCCUUAUGGCUUGGGUCGGGUCAGUGGCCAAGAUCAUUAAUGUCCCAUCAACACUUUUUUGGAUUCAACCAGUCACAAUAUUGGAUAUCUAUUAUUAUUACUUCACUGACUAUGCAGAUUCUUUCAAAAAUUGUCCUCAACAUCAAUCUCUAGAGCUACCAGGGUUGCCUUUAGCUCUUAAUCCUCGCGAUUUUCCCUCCUUUGUUUUCACAAAUGUGAAGUAUAAUGAUUGGGCAACGCAAUCUAUCAAAGAACACAUUCAACUAUUGAAUAGCGAAGAAAAUCCAAGAGUAUUAGUGAACACUUUUGAUGCUUUAGAAUUUGAUGCUCUUAGGGCUUUGAAGGAUAGUGUGACAAUGGUGGGAGUUGGUCCUUGCAUUCCUUCAACUUUUCUUGAAGGAAAGGAUCGUUUUGGUACUUCUUUUGGAUCCGAUUUACAAUCAAUAUCAAAAAAUUACAUAGAUUGGUUGGAUGAAAAGCCUAACGAGUCUGUUAUUUACAUAGCAUUUGGUAGCUACGCCGAGAUAUCAAAUCAACUAAUGGAGGAAAUAGCCCAAGGAUUAUUAAAAAGUGGAAGGCCAUUUUUGUGGGUGAUUAGGAAAGGCAUAAAGGGGGAAAACCCCAAGGAAAAGUUGAGGUGCAAAGAAGAAUUAGAAAAGCAAGGGAAAAUAGUGACUUGGUGCUCACAAGUGGAAUUUUUACAUCACCCUUCUGUGGGUUGUUUCUUGACUCACUGUGGGUGGAAUUCAACUCUAGAAAGCUUAACUUCUGGCGUGCCUAUUGUGGCAUGUCCACUUUGGAAUGAUCAACUUUGUAACGCUAAACUCAUUCAAGAUGUUUGGAAAAUCGGAGUCCGAGUUAGUGUUAAUGAUGAAGGUAUUGUUGAAAAGGAUGACUUGGAGAGAUGCAUAGAUGUUGUGAUGAAAGGAGAGGAAUGUAGAAAAAAUGCCCAAAAAUGGAAAGAUUUGGCUAAGGAAGUUAUGAAGGAAAAUGGUUCAUCCAAUUUGAAUAUGCAAGCUUACGUUAAUGAGAUUUUACUUGGUCAUAGCUAAAUUUCUUUGAAAAAAUACAACAUUUGAUAAUAUGUUUCUUUAAAUUUAAAGAAUAAUAAAAUUAAAGUGUAAUAAUAGCUAAUGGCAAGCCUUUUCUUAUUCUAAAAGUGAACCAUGGCUUAUA